GCCCCCUUGCAUCACGGCCCCCGCCACCACUCCUCUCCUCACCGGACUUUGUAGAAUAACGUCAAAAUAAAAGCCCUAGCCACCAUCUUAUCCAGAAAGCAGGCGUUUAGCGGCGGGCGUCGGUCGUUCAUUGGAUGCAAAUAAGAAAUGCCUCCGAAGCAGCAGUCAAAAACCGAUUUAGCGAAGAAGCAGAAGAUCGUAGAAGAUAAGACCUUCGGUCUCAAGAACAAAAACAAGAGCAAAAAUGUCCAGAAAUAUGUACAGAAUCUCAAGCAAUCCGUACAGCCCAAACCUGACGCUUCAAAGGCCGCCGCUAAGAAAAAGAAAGAGGAAGAUAAGGCCAAAGAAAAGGAGCUGAAUGAAUUGUUCAAGGUGGCUGUUAGUCAGCCAAAAGUUCCAAUUGGCGUUGACCCCAAGUCUAUACUAUGUGAGUUCUUUAAAGUGGGACAAUGUGCUAAAGGUUUCAAAUGCAAGUUUUCACAUGAUUUGAAUGUUCAGAGGAAGGGAGAAAAGAUCGAUAUUUACAGCGAUAAGCGUGACCAAGAAGAAACAAUGGAGGAUUGGGAUCAAGAGACCUUGGAAAAGGUUGUGGAGUCAAAGAAAACGGAGUAUAAUCAAAAUAAACCUACUGACAUCGUUUGCAAAUACUUUCUAGAAGCUGUGGAGAAGAAACAAUAUGGCUGGUUUUGGGUCUGCCCAAAUGGUGGCAAAGAUUGUCAUUACCGGCAUGCUCUUCCUCCAGGAUAUGUACUAAAAUCUCAGAUGAAAGCUCUUUUAGAUGAAGAGGCUGAAAAGAUAUCAAUUGAGGAAGAGAUUGAAAAUCAGCGUGCCAAAGUAGCAACUACAACACCUAUGACUCCGGAAUUGUUCAUGCAAUGGAAGAAAAAGAAAACAGAAGAGAGAGAUGCUAGUUUGGCUGCACAGAGGGCAGAUAGGGCUAAGAACGAUCGAAUGAGUGGCCGUGAGCUAUUUCUAUCAGAUGCUAGUGUGUUUGUGGAUGAUGCUGAGGCGUAUGAGGAAUAUCAAAGAGAGGAACAAUCUAAUGUUCCUGAAGAGAAGGGCAAUGCUAAUUCUUCUGCUGAUGGACCAAGUACCUCUGCUAAAUCUGUUGGCAACGUUGAAGAUCCAGAUGAUGAUGAUGAUGAUGAUGACGAACUGGAUAUGGACGAGUUGAAUGAGCUGGAAGCAAGUUUAGCAAAAACAUCAAUCCAAAUUCAAGAGCCUGGCAGUGUCAAUUAGUUUCUUAAUGCAGAGUCUGCUGUCUACAUGCCUUUUAAAGUGUUGACUCCAUGAUCCUGCUGUGAAAGGAUGGCCCUGGCCUGUGACAAUCUCACAAGCUGUUGAUUGUGUUUUUGCAAGAUCUUUUCAGAAGUUACUGAGGCCUUCCUUAUUUCAGCAACACAUGUUUACAUGAUACCUUCUAUUUAUCCUAUAUAUGGAUUCUGAGUCUCAUUCAUAUUUGUGCCGCUUGGCGUAUGCAAUUUGUGUCUAGUUUUGAUGCUGGGUCUGUCCUGUCAAUAAUAUUAGGAAGAUCAUAAAUGAUGUAGAAGGUUGAUAAAUUUCUGAUCAUUGGAAUGCUUCAGAGAUGUCUCUUGUUUGAGAUUUUGUGAUUUGGCAGAGAAAUAUGUUAGUGGAAAUUAGUAACAAUUGAUGCUA